CCCCUCCCUUCCCAAGACUUCCGCUUCCUGUUCUGACCGACGCUCCGGCCGUAACGAUGAUCGGAGACAUCCUGCUGUUUGGGACGCUGUUGAUGAACGCUGGGGCGGUGCUCAACUUUAAACUGAAAAAGAAGGACACGCAGGGCUUUGGGGAGGAGUCUAGGGAGCCCAGCACAGGUGACAACAUCCGGGAGUUCUUGCUAAGCCUCCGAUACUUCCGAAUCUUCAUCGCCCUGUGGAAUAUCUUCGUGAUGUUUUGCAUGAUCGUGCUGUUUGGCUCCUGAGCUCGAGAUACAGAACCGGAAACACACCUUCUCAGAAUCUCUCUUCCUCCGUUCCUGAUGACUUCAAGAAUGUUUCUGACCGGAAAACCGGUGACCUUCUCAGAAAGUCCAAGCUCGUGGUGGGUGGAAAAAAAACGUUCGCCAAGAUGCACAUGGUUUCCCAGCCACGUCACUGUUUUCUUUUCAAAGAUAUUUCUCUGCCUUGAAAUGCUGUCUACUUAAGGAGUUUGAGGAGGGUUUAUGUAAGGGGCUGUAAUAACGUUGUUUUCCCCAAAGAUAAAAGAACCUAUCUAGAUUGUUUAAUCAGAUCAGAAUCCCUCUUCUACCAAGCUUUUAUGGAAACCCAUUUCUGGGUAUUUCUUGGUUUAUUUUUAAUAACCAUCCUUUUUUGGUUCAAAUUAUAUAGAUUUUUAAAAUCUUUUUUAUCAAGCAGAAAGGUUGGCUUUUAAGUUUGACACAGCCUCUUACUGGACUACAUUUGCGAGGAAUGAGCAAGUUCAUUGUUGCUGGGUCUGUGUCCAAAUUCCUUCCCCAUCCCAAUGGGCCCUGCUCAGCCACUGCAUGCCACUGAGGUUGUCCUCAGGACCUUAAGGGUGAAGUAUUAUGGAUUCCCAUGGAAGAGAGGUGCAGAGCAGUUGGCAGGGCAGAUGGGAGUUGUAUGAGAAACUUUGCCUUGCCUUGAAGCCCUCUGUUAAUGUAACUUUUGGGGCCAUUAAUUGUAUGGUUUUUGGAAUGAGAGUGAUUUAUAUGGUGAUAUUGGAACCCAGCUCUGAAAGCUUGGGUUUUGGGAUCUGCUUUUCAAGUGGAUGAUUUCAAGGUUGAAAAACAGUAAGCCUCACUUGAGGAAAUACAGCAUUUUGCACAGAUACUUCUUUGAAAGGGAGUCCUGGUUUAAUCACCAACAUGAGACUCCAUCGGUCAGCGCCAGGAUCCCACUGGUGUUUGAUUUGUUUGUUGUGGUUUUUGAAAUCCUAACUUGUAGGUAACCUGGUGGGAGGAAAAAAUAAAUAUGUAGGCUCUUAGAACUAAAUAGCAUUAAAAAUAAAGCUCAUUUCUAAAAAGGA